UCCAAUUCGAUUAUUUAUAUGACAAUAUAGAAUAUUCCACUACUAUAUUUUUACAUAUGGCUUUUUUAAUAAACGAUGUUGAAUUAAAUGAAAGUUAUCCUAAAGACUUUGAUGAAGUUAAACAUGUUGGUUUUAUAGAGUCUAUGGAUAGUCAUAAAGAGGAUUAUAUAAAUGCUAUGACUGAAUAUUUGAGAAUGAGUGGCAUAUAUUGGUGUUGUAACUCAUUAGCACUUUUAGGCAAAUUAGAUAACAAUCAUUCCUCAAUUAAAAAGCAAGAAGUUAUAUCAUUUAUCAAAUCAUGUGAAUGUUCUAAUGGUGGUUUUGCAUCUAGUCAGAACCAUGAUCCACAUCUUCUAUAUACUCUUAGUGCUAUACAAAUCUCAUUACUUUACAAUUCAUUAGAAGUGAUCGAUUCUGAUAAAGUUGUUGCUUAUAUCAAAAAUUUGCAAAAUGAUGAUGGUAGUUUUUGUGGAGAUGAAUGGGGUGAAGUUGAUACCAGAUUUUCCUUCUGUGCAUUGGCUGCUUUAGCUCUUCUAGAUAAAUUGGACUGCAUAAAAGAAGACAUUGACAAGAUUGUGAAUUUCGUAUUAAAAUGUCAUAAUUUUGACCAAGGUUUUGGUAGCAAGCCUGGUUCGGAAUCUCAUGCUGGUCAGAUUUAUUGUUGUCUCGGUGUUUUGGCCUUGACGGGAAAUCUCCAUUCUAUAGACACCGAAAGAUUAGGUUGGUGGCUAAGUGAAAGACAAUUGCCUUCUGGCGGAUUAAACGGAAGGCCCGAAAAAUUUCCGGAUGUCUGUUAUUCCUGGUGGGUGUUAGCUUCUUUAGCUAUCAUAGGAAAACUGUCUUGGAUUAAUAAAAAUAAAUUGGAAAGAUUUAUACUGGCUUGCCAAGAUGUCGAACUCGGCGGUUUCACCGACAGGCCUAGGGAUAUGCCCGACCCUUUCCACACAGUUUUUGGUAUAUCCGGAUUAUCUUUAUUAGGCACGUAUCCCCGCAAUAUAUUACCAAUAAAUCCGAUAUUUUGCUUGCCACAGCAUAUAUUGCCUUCUCACCUUCAAUAUCAAACAUUACCGCCUACUUAAAUUCUCGUUAUAAAAAUAAAAUUUUUUCGAUAUAAUUAUGGUUCCUUUUUUGGAACACAAUUAACCAUGUAUAAUAUUUUCUCCUUAUAGUUUAUUUUUUUUAAAAAUCUUGUUCUUUUAUAUUUUAAACACGAAUUUAGAAACUAUAAUAAUUAAUUAUUUUAUUUUUUUUAUUAUACAGUUUUUUAUAUAGAUUUUAUAGUUUACAUGACAUUUUUAAU